GUGUUUGGUUACUAGAGGCUUAAAAAAAGCCCAGUUCAGUCCUACUGCAACACUAGAGAGAGUUAGUGUGUAUGUACAGGAUGUGUGUUUAGUAUUUAAGGUGAAAUUGUUUUCUAAGCGCUGCUAUGCCUGUGUUUGUGGAAAAUCCCGCUCAAUUUUCUAAACAUCGUCUGAAGUCGGAGUUAAUUUCCCAUAGUGUGGAGUUACCACCUGCAGAGAGUGAAAAACAGGUUUAUCUGGAGGUUUAUAUGAAGCAUGUGGGGAAUAAAAACACUGCCGAUUUCUCUAGUGAUGAAGAGGAGCAGGUCCAAAAUGGAAAUAUAACACAGGAAGAAGAAGAGAGAGAAGAGGAUUCAGACAUGGUGGACCUGAGCUCACUGACUGAUGAUCAGUUAAAAUGCAAACUGCUCCAGUAUGGAGUCAAAGCUGGACCGAUUGUAGCUAGCACGCGAGCGUUGUAUGAGAGGAAGCUGCACAGGAUGAUGACCCAGCACUCGCAGCACAGUGUCAACAAUAAAGGUGAUGGGAAAUACUCUGAUAGUGAGGAGGAGGAAGAAGAAGAGGAGGAGUCAGGAUCAGAACAGUCUGGCCCAGAGAGUGUGUCCCAUACUGAUCUCGGUGCGACACGUAGUGCGGAAGCCGUGACUGAUGUUUUGAUGGAGAUGUUCCCAGACACUGUAGUUACUCCAACUGGGAUCACUGCCACCAAGAGACGAUCUAUAAAGGGGGCAGCAGGUCGUCCUGUACAGUUCAAAUACCCAGAAACCCCACUGAGUCCUGCAUCACUGGAGAGACGGGAGAUCCGGCAGCGUCUGGUUUCUCUAUGGGUGCAGAUUGUGGUCUUUUUUUUGGUGGCUGCACUCCUAUAUUUCAUUUAUAUUUCAAUGGAAGAGCCACUGGAGAAUCCUUUCAGCGUAUUUCUAAACGGCCCGAGCCAGGAGCCAAGCAAUGAUGACCUUGCACUUGUUCCUAACUCUCAGGACACUCAAACCUGAUAGAGGGUUUAUUGUGCAUUAGACUUGCAUAGAAUUUUAUAGUAAUAGUGAUGUUCUCUUGGUUCAAGUCAAAUACACUUGUAUAUGUAUAUGGUUUGAGCUGCUGAUAUAUUUACUUGUGUAGGAUUUUACCUUGUUUGAAGUAGAUGAAUAAAAUUAACUGUUGAAGUCUUGGUUGCCACAGGGACCCACAGGAGUACUGUAUGCAAAUGUGUUUUUAUUCCAUUGUGUCAUGUUCUUGAAUAAAUAAAUAAAUGGUUGACUAUGUAUGAGUACUGUUGUAUGUAAACAUUUUUAAAAACCUAAACUUUUUAAUUUUAUAGCAUAUAAGAGUUAUGAAUGUAUAAAAUGCUUUUUAGUGUUUUCAAGUUUAUUUUUUAUUAACUUCCUUUCAAAUAAAAUGUCACUUCUCAUUUAAGUGCUGAUAC